UGUGUGAGGAAGGCUCUACCUCUAUCUACGUUGAUCCAGGGUGAUCCCUACUUCCUGUGCAAGCAGAGGAGGAUUUUUACGAUUACUUUUUACCAGGGCCUGUACCCCAGAAAUACUGGGAACAGCCCCAACCAUGGUUCUGUGUUAGCCAGAUUAUUAACACCGACCUCGAAGUCAGAGGCCCGAUCGGCCAAUCUACAGAUCUGCUCCCGCUAGUUAGCUAGCUAGGUUUAAAGGCGUACUAUUCGCCAGCGCAACACCUCUAGCUAAAUUUGAUCUGGUAUCAAUUUCAAGAUGUCAAAUUCUGGGUACAACUCUCAGAAUGGGGCAGGAGGACAGCCGUAUACAAAUGGCCCCUCCCAGAAUCCCUUGUUGCUGCAGCCUGCCGGUCCUGGCUACAACAUGGCCGGCCAGACUCCUUAUUCAAACCAGAUUCCAACCAAGGCCCCGCUGUACAACUCUGGGCCCUACCAGAUCGUCCCCCCAGUCAGCUCGUAUCAGAUCCCCGGUCAGCCGCCGUUAAGCCGGCCGCCGAUGGGCCCGCCGCAGUCCAUGACGCCACCUCCGCCCACCGCCCACAGCCCCCGGAUGCUGCCCCCGGUGCCCGGGCAGAACUCCCCUUCUCCCCUGGUGUCCACUGAGAGCUUCUACCCGGGUUCCCAGAACCCCCCGCAGCCCACCUGGCAGUACGGGGCGCCUCCGCCCAUGGGCACGGCGCCCCUCGUCCCUGUGGGGAAUCAUGUGACCUCAGUACCCAGCUCCGCACCAAACCAGCCUUCGACAUCAGGGUACAGCGUGGCUCCGCCUCCUGCCUUCCACAACGCUGCCUCGUUCGCCCCCGGACCGCCGGCGCCACCCGCCUCCAUCUACACCCACUCAGCCCCUGUCCCGCCCUCUGGAAGCCCUGUACCACCUCACCCAUAUCAGCCUGGCAGAGCACCCUAUGCACCCCCACUCACAGCUGGGCCCCCUCCAGCCAUGAGACCCACACCGCCUCCAACUGGUCCUCCUGCCAGUGCCACCCCACCCCCCCAUCUCCCCAAACAUGAAGCAGUGGCGGGGCACCUGCCCAUCCCAGGUGAUGGCCCACAUGCCCCAAAUGCCUUCGACCAUUUGGAGACAGGUGCAAAAAAUAUGGCCGGUCCGCCCCCGCCUCAGCCUGGCACGAUUGGCAGGCAGUUGGGCCACUCGUACCCCACGCUCCCACCGGGUUACCAAAACACGGGCCCUCCCCCGAACGCUUCCCCCGCGGCACCGCUGAAGCAGCCUUACAGCCCAGCAGCACAGCCAUAUCAGCAGCCCUCGGCUGGCCCGGCCCAGCUGAGUCCCUCCAUGGCGGGGCUGAGCCUGCAGUCCCAGACCCCAGAGGCCCUGAGGGUGGUCAACCUGCUGCAGGAGCGGAAUCUCCUUCCCCCGGGGCCCGUCCCCGCCCCCACGCCCUGCCUGCCUCAGGACCUGCAGAAGCUCAACUGUAGCCCAGAGGUCUUCCGCAGUACGCUGACCAACAUCCCUCAGACGCAGUCUCUGUUGAGCAAAGCGAAACUCCCCCUGGGCUUACUGCUGCAUCCUUUCAAAGACCUCUCGCAGCUGCCAGUGGUCACCUCAAGCACCAUCGUCCGGUGUCGCUCAUGCAGAACCUACAUUAACCCCUUCGUCUCCUUCCUGGACCAGAGGAGAUGGAAGUGUAACCUGUGCUACAGGGUCAAUGACGUUCCCGAGGAGUUCAUGUACAACCCCGUCAGCAGAUCCUAUGGAGAGCCACAUAAGCGGCCUGAGGUGCAGAACCCCACCAUCGAGUUUAUCGCCCCAUCGGAAUACAUGCUGAGACCCCCUCAGCCCGCUGUGUACCUCUUUGUACUUGACGUGUCCCACAACGCCGUGGAAACGGGAUACUUGGAUGUUGUCUGUCAGUCGCUCCUGGACAACCUAAAUUCACUUCCAGGAGACACCAGGACAAAGAUUGGCUUCAUCACGUUUGACAGCACAAUCCACUUCUACAACCUCCAGGAAGGCCUGUCCCAACCACAAAUGCUUAUUGUCUCAGACAUUGAAGAUAUUUUUCUCCCAACUCCCGACAGCCUUUUAGUAAACCUCAGUGAGUGCAAGGAGCUGGUGCAGGAUCUGCUGAAGGGUUUGCCCCAGAUGUUCACCAAGACGAUGGAGACCCACUCUGCGCUGGGCCCGGCGCUUCAGGCUGCGUUCAAACUGCUGUCGCCCACCGGAGGACGAGUGUCCGUCUUCCAGACCCAGCUUCCCACGCUGGGAGUGGGGGCCCUAAAAUCCAGAGAGGACCCCAACCAGAGGGCGUCUGCAAAGGAUAUUCAGCACCUCUCUCCUGCCACCGAUUUCUACAAGAAGCUGGCGCUUGACUGUUCUGGCCAGCAGGUGGCUGUGGAUUUGUUCCUGCUGAGCGGACAGUACUGUGAUUUGGCCUCCCUAGGUUGCAUAUCCAGGUUCUCUGCAGGUAGCGUCUACUACUACCCCUCCUACCACCACCAGCACAACCUGGCUCAGGUAGAGCGCUUCCAGAAAGAUCUGAAGAGAUAUCUCACCCGCAAGAUCGGCUUUGAGGCUGUCAUGAGGAUACGCUGCACUAAAGGUCUGUCCAUACACACCUUCCACGGGAACUUCUUCGUCCGCUCCACGGACCUGCUGUCACUGCCCAACGUGAACCCGGAUGCGGGCUUUGCUGUGCAGAUGUCUAUUGAGGAAAACCUGGUAGAUAUGCAGGUGGUGUCCUUCCAGGCAGCCCUUCUCUACACGUCCAGCAAAGGAGAGAGGCGGAUCAGAGUCCACACCAUGUGUCUGCCCGUCGUCAACUCUCUGUCCGACGUCUUCGCUGGGGCCGAUGUCCAGGCCAUGACUGGACUGCUUGCCAGUAUGGCUGUGGAUCGCUCUGUGACGGCCAGUCUGAGUGACGCCAGGGACGCCAUGACCAACGCAGCCAUCGACUCGCUGUCUGUGUACCGCUCAUCUGUGCUGACCAUCCAGCAGCCUGGCCUCCUGGCCCCUGCCUGUCUCCGCCUCUUCCCCCUCUACAUCCUGGCCCUCCUUAAACAGAGAGCCUUCCGCACGGGUACAAGCACGCGCCUGGACGACCGCGUCUUCGCCAUGUACCAGCUCAAAUACCAGCCGCUGUCUUACCUCACGCUCAUGAUCCACCCGUCGCUGUACAGGGUAGACGACCUUACGGAUGAGGGGGCCCUGAACAUCAGUGAGCGCACCAUCCCCCAGCCCAGAGUCCUGCAGCUGUCGGUGGAGAGACUGAGCCGGGAAGGAGCCUUCCUCAUGGAUGCUGGAUUGGUCAUGUUCCUCUGGAUCGGACGGAACUGCAAUCCCAACUUCCUGACGCAGGUGCUGGGGGUCCCGAGCUAUGCUGCCGUACCUCAGAACAUGCACCAGCUUCCGGAAUUAGAAACAGCCGAGUCAGUCAGAACCAGAGCCUUCAUUGGCUGGCUGAGAGAACAGCGGCCCUUUUUCCCCAUCCUGCAUGUCAUCAGGGAUGAGAGCCAGCUCAAAGCCAGCUUUAUGCAAAACAUGAUUGAGGAUCGGACUGAGUCUGCCCUGUCUUAUUACGAGUUCUUGCUCCAUUUGCAACAGCAAAUCAGCAAGUAAGUCAGCCUACAGGAGGGCUGGAGAUUACCGAUGAACAGAAUUGUAUCCGUGUUGGUUAAUGAUGGACAGCCUGCCGGGUCCCUCGUUCUCACGGCAUCUGCAGUAAACGGCUCACCUUUAGUUUUCCCGCUCUCGCCUCUCCUGAAGAAUUCGCCCCUCUGUGGACUUCAUUCAGUCUUUUUAUGUUAAGGGGAAAGUGACUGGGAUGAGUGGUAGUACAUUGCUGGCCAGGGUCUUUGCGGUAAUGAACAACAUUCUGAAACCAGUUUAAAACCUGAAGAGGUAAGAAAGUCAGUGUUUUAUCCUCCUUAGAAUGCUGCUGAUUAUAAGAGCUUUCCAGAUAAUGGCAAUUGAUGUGAAGCCAUUUUGUUUCAAGAAGCACAUUUAUGUUUGAUAAGAAAGUAAUAUAUGUAUCAUACUUUAUACUUUCUGGGGUAAUAUUAUUUGCAUUUGAGGAUAUUAUUGGUGACUUUGUCAUUGAGAACAGAAUCAAACCCACAAUAUCAGUAAAGCCUUCUACAGGUUUAAAAUUCAUCAUUUAUUCAAGAACAAUAUCCCUUAUUUCUAGACUGUUGGAUAGAAGUGUGCUUUUUUCCAUCUGCAUCGAACAAAUAUAUAGGCUUGUCAGAGCAAAGGCAGAAGAGUAGGUGUUCAAAGGUGAUCUUACCUCUUUACAAUUAGCUGCCUUGACUGUGUCCAAUAAAUAGUGUAAAUUCAUGCUAUUAUUUCUUAGUUCCAUGCUGUUCUUUAAGGUCU